AUGCGGCGGUUCGCGCGGGUGGCGCUGCUGUGCCUGGGCUGCGGCGUCUGCUCGCUGCUCUACGGCUUCAGCCAGCUGGCCCUCUCGCUGGAGCAGGAGCCCGGCCGCGGCCGUGAGCGGCAGGCCCGAGACCCCGCCGCUCCCGGCGCCCGGCGGCAGGAGGGCGGCGGCCAGGCGGCGGGGAGCGCGGGCCGGGGCGAGGCGGCGGCCGGCAGGUGUAAGAAUUUGUCUGUAUCUUUCUGGAAUUCCUAUUGGAUGCUGCCCUCUGAUGUUUGUGGAAUGAACUGCUUUUGGGAAGCUGCUUUUAGAUAUGAUUAUGUGAAAACACGUCCUUCUGAGAAAAUGCAUCUAGCAGUGGUUGCCUGCGGUGAAAGACUGGAAGAGACUGUUACAAUGUUGAGAUCAGCCAUUAUUUUCAGCAUCAAACCUCUCCAGUUUCAUAUUUUUGCUGAGGACCAAUUGCAUGAGAGUUUCAAAGACAUACUUGAUGACUUCCCCUAUGAAGGAAAAGUUAAUUACACAUUAUAUCCAAUAACGUUUCCAACUGAGAGUGCAGCAGAAUGGAAGAAAUUGUUUAAACCAUGUGCCUCACAGAGAUUAUUCUUGCCAUUAAUCCUCAAAAAUGUGGACUCACUGCUGUACGUUGAUACUGACAUCCUGUUUUUGAGACCUGUUGAUGAUAUUUGGUCUUUUCUGGGAAAGUUCAACUCCACACAAAUUGCUGCAAUGGCACCAGAACAUGAAGAGCCUCGCAUUGGGUGGUAUAAUCGUUUUGCUAGACAUCCCUAUUAUGGAGUAACUGGAAUAAAUUCUGGAGUCAUGUUAAUGAAUAUGACACGGAUCAGAAGAAAGUAUUUCAAGAACGAUAUGACACCAGUUCGGUUACAAUGGGGAGAAAUUCUUAUGCCACUGUUGAAGAAGUACAAGUUGAACAUAACAUGGGGUGAUCAGGAUCUAUUGAACAUUAUGUUUUUUCACAAUCCAGAAAGUCUUUAUGUCUUUCCUUGCCAAUGGAAUUAUCGGCCUGACCACUGCAUCUAUGGAAGCAAUUGUAAGGAAGCUGAAGAGGAAGGUAUAUUUAUUCUUCAUGGAAACAGAGGUGUUUACCACGAUGAUAAACAACCAACUUUUAGGGCUAUCUAUGAAGCAAUAAAAAAUUAUUCAUUUGGAGAAGAUCUGGUUCAUUCCCUGUUGCAGCCCCUUGAACUGGAAUUACAGAAAACCAUGCACACAUACUGUGGAAAAGUGUACAAAGUGUUCAUAAAGCAGCUAACAAAAAGCAUAAGAGACUUGCAUACCAGAAGGUCAAAGGGGAGGUGAUUUUUACUCUGAACUACUAAGUUGAGACUGAAUUAACAUAAUGGUCAAAAGAUGCAAAAAUUCCAAUAUGACUUGAAUCAGCUCCUAAUGUGCCCGGGUCAAAGUUUACUAGCAUACAUAAAAAUGAAGAAAAUAUUCAUGGAAUGAAGAACAGGAACUUUUUUUCUGCAAAGGUGACUUUUUACUCUUUUGGAGUUUAAUCACUGCUAAUGUUUAUCUUGGAUCCAGUGAUUUGGAUGCUACUGGCUUCUAUGGUCAGUCGUUUUAGUCUGCGUAAUUCAGUUAUCUAAUGAUCAAAUGUACAAGGAAGAAAUGAAGAUGGCUCUUUGGGAGUGUACCUCAUUGUCUAAAAUUCUAUUAAACUGUGAAUGUAGCAAUAACUGAGUCAGCAGCACUAACCUCACUUUAAAGGUGUGAGCCUUUAUGUAAACAAAGUUGUUUACAAGUGCAGAAAAUACUCUGUUUUCAAAGGAAUGUGAAAUAAUCAUUGACAAUCUGUAUGUGCCUUGAUAUGUUCAUCUCUUACACAUUUAAGUACUGUUUUGACAAUCUUGUUUUGCUUACCUUAGAUGUAAACUGCACACUAUAAAUACGAUUUUCUGAGAAAUGAAUAACUAGUAUGUGAUACUAACUUUCUCUGUUGAUAAAUGUGGAGAGGCUUUUAAUAUACAGCAUUUGUUUCGACGUCGUUGAGCCAUCAUGGCCAAAAGAUUGAGUUGUUUUUUUUUUUUCUUAGCAAAAAUUCAGAUUCAAAUUGUUCAUCUUACAAUACCUUUUAGAAAUUACGUGGUUUUGCAGCUUUAUAGGGCAUUUUGGAAGUAGAUGAACAAAACAGUGGAAAACUGUUGCUGUUGUAUAUCCUUACUAAGAAUUAUUACCUGGUGAUUAUUAUAGAGUAUUUAGUACCUAAAAGUGAAGAGCUGUAAUAAGAGUUCUGGUGCUUCAUCAGACUAUAUAUUAGAUGAGUUUCUUAGAGAAUAUAUACUGUUAUAAUAUUUUUUUAAUAAUAUAGCUUUAAAAUAGUUUUGGGGAAGACCCUCAACUAUGUGAAUGCGUUAUUCUCAGUAGUGUGAUAGUGAUUUACAAGAAGUAAGGAUUAGAUUUUCUUUAGUUACCUUAGUGAGAAAAAGAGUUCUGUUUAUGUAAUACAAACUUUUUUCCAGAGAAAAACAUGAAGAAAAUGUCUGAGUUUAUAGUGUUUUGGUAAAAUACUAUUUAAACUUGCAUGGUAUGAAAUGUAUUUGUAAAGUAUAUCUGAAGUUAGAUAACCUGUCUAACUGAGAUGAAGUCUUUGUAAAGUGAGAUUUUGGAUUCCAGAAAAGUUCCUGUGUGUCGAAAACGGAGGAUCCACUCACUGACUUGCACCUUCAUCCCAACCCUGUUUUAGAAGCUUAUCUUUUUGUGGCUGUUUCUUUGUCAAAUGCAGGCUGACUCUGACCAUGUGAGCUGAAUGAACACUUUAGCAGUAUGAAACCACACUCCAUUGGAAGCAGAGUUUGUAUUCUGCUGUUAGUCUCCCUGCUGGCUCAGGGUGUAAAUUUCUGUGAUGGAAACUAGGAACCAGUCUGCCUCGCAAGUAGUAUUGACCUCUUUUCUGUGCUCUGUAAUCUUUUGAAGUCUGAAAAUCUAGCAAUCUAUGUGAAGGUGAAUACCGUUAUUGACUGAUUUUUACAAUAUGCAAUGCAUUAUUUUUUUACAUAAAUACUGAUUUUUAUAUCAA